AUGACCAGCCCUUCUAGGAGCAUAGACGAUCAGAGAGGAACCGGGGAAAGUCCGGCUCACAAAGCGGAGACCCCCCGGCACCGCAGCUGGAGCAGCCUGCGCUUCUCCAAAUGGAGGAGCAGCUCCCAGAGAACGACUCCUCCGAGCUCCCCCUCUCCAAAGACCGAGAAGAGAAGCGACAUUUCCCGGACUCUCUUCACCCUGGUCAAGACCCACAAUGACGACUACACGGCAGACCCGGACGGCACCCUGGACAUGGGCGCAGAGGCCGAGGUCGGCCUGGAUGACCUGCUGCAGGAUCAGUCCACGUACUUCCAGAAGCAGUUCGGCUCCAUGCUGCAGCCCGGCGUCAACAAGUUCUCACUGCGCAUAUUCGGCAGCCACAAGGGGGUUGCAGCAGAGCAGGACAGGGUCAAGAGCUUUGGGGUGUGGAUCAUCCACCCCUACAGUGAUUUCAGAUUUUACUGGGAUAUUGUGAUGCUUCUUCUGAUGAUGGGUAAUCUGGUCAUCCUGCCCUGGGGAAUCACCUUCUUUGAAGACCAAAACACCAUGCCCUGGAUUAUCUUCAAUUUCCUGUCCGACACGCUCUUCCUCAUGGAUCUGGUUUUUAACUUUCGUACCGGUAUCCCAGGAGAGGACAGUCACAUUAUUCUGGACCCCAAAGAGAUCCGCAUGCACUACCUCCGCACCUGGUUCCUGGUAGACUUUGUUUCCUCCAUUCCUGUUGAUUACAUUUUUCUAAUCGUUGACCUGGAGUCCCGCCAUGAGUCGUCUGAUGUGUACAGGACGGCCCGUGCUCUGAGGAUUGUGCGUUUCACCAAGAUCCUCAGCCUGCUGCGUCUUCUCCGACUCUCACGUCUCAUCCGAUACAUCCAUCAGUGGGAAGAGAUUUUCCACAUGACUUAUGACUUGGCCAGUGCUGUGGUGCGUAUUGUCAACUUGAUUGGUAUGAUGCUGCUGCUGUGUCACUGGGAUGGCUGUCUGACCUUCAUGGUUCCUAUGCUGCAAGACUUUCCUCCAGACUGUUGGAUAUCUAAAAACAACAUGGUGAAUGCCACCUGGCAUAUACAAUACUCCUACGCCCUGUUCAUGGCCAUGAGUCACAUGUUAUGUAUAGGAUACGGUGCUCACCCUCCAGAGGGCUUGACCGAUGUUUGGCUCACCAUGAUCAGCAUGGUUGUUGGGGCCACCUGCUAUGCCAUGUUCCUGGGUCACGCAGCUAACCUGGUCCAGUCUUUGGAUGCAUCCCAUCGCCAGUAUCAGGAGAAGUACAAGCAAGUGGAGCAGUAUAUGUCGUUUCAUAAAUUGCCAGCCGAUGUGCGGCAGAGGAUUCAUGAUUACUAUGAGCACCGCUUCCAAGGCAAGAUGUUUGAUGAAGACAGCAUACUGGGAGAACUCAGCGACCCACUGAAGGAGGAGAUUGUCAGCUAUAACUGCCGUGGACUUGUCGCCAACAUGCCACUCUUUGCCAACACCGACCCUCACUUUGUCACCGUGAUCCUGACCAAGCUACGCUUUGAAGUUUUCCAGCCAGGAGACUAUGUAAUACGAGAGGGAACGCUGGGUCGGAAAAUGUAUUUCAUCCAGCACGGCACCGUCACGAUUAUCCCGCGUGGCAGCAAGGAGUUAAUGCUCAGUGAUGGAGCCUACUUUGGAGAGAUCUGCCUACUAACUCAGGGCCGACGGACGGCCAGCGUGAGGGCCGACACCUACUGUCGCCUUUAUUCGCUGAGCGUUGACGACUUCAACGAAGUCCUGGAGGAGCAUCCUCUGAUGAGGCGGGCGUUUGAGAGCGUGGCUGUGGAGCGACUGGAUCGAGUUUCACGUAGAUCCAGUUAUCAACCUCCAACAACUGAGCCUGAGUGAAACAGGAAGAAAGAGACAGAGACUCCUGCCAGACAGAUAAAGCACUUUUUAACAGAUCUCAAGAAAAUAAAAAAUGCAGAUGUUAUUAAAUGCUGCGUCACUUGAUAGAAACUAUUGCACAUUCAUUAAUUACAGUUCGUCACUUGAAUAUUAAAAUUCAACAUAAUGUUUACUUGGAUUUUAUUAAUGUUCACAAACUGAAGAAACCCUUGUCAUUGCUUUUUCUCUUUUUUUUCUGUAUGAAUGGAUCCAUGUUUUUUUUUAAAGUUAUAGACUGCAAGCCAUAUAAAUCAGGUGUUCAAGCAGAAACACAUCCAAAUAUUCCACUGGACAUUAAGGACUGGAUUUCUGUUUGCCCAGCACUGGAAUGGGAGCACCAGAUGGUGGUGCAUCAGAAAGCUUUCUGAUUCAAAUGAUCCCUAAGAUCUGUAUGUUGUGUCACAUGGAGGUUAAUACCGAUGGGCGAUAAGCUCCAGUGAUGUAAUACCGGACUUUAAAUCAACUGUGACUGCAGGUGGUGUUGAACUUUUACAUCACCCUAUUUUUCUCAUUUGUCAUUGUCAGGAUUUGCAGUUACACUGGGUUUCAAAGAAUAAUGUAUUUUUAAAUGA